CAGGUCUCACCGCCGUCAGAAACGCGCCUCCUUGCCGAGGACAUACUUGCAAAGGACGCAGCUGAGCGGACAGUGCUUUUCAUGAACCCAGUCCCCCGCCAGGGGACCGCUGGUGCGCCCAGCCUGGUUUUGGAGGACGCCUUGAGAGCGUCCGAGUCGCCUUUGAAUGAGUAACCCGAGUUGUUUCUCUCUCCAGUGGCAUCUUCCUCUGGAAGGCCUGAGAACACUUUCGUGCCUUCUAUCCUCCUCCACCCCCAAGAAAAUCUUUGGUCAGGAGAAAGGCAGCUUCCUUCCGAACUCCCCCUCCCCUCGCCUUGCGGGUGGGGCGGGGGCCUCGCUGCACACCCAGCCCAGCGCCUCCAAGGGAGGUGGAGGUGGGGGGCAGGGGUUGUAAUUAACCAACCGACUUUGACCCUUGAUCUGCAGGCUCCCUGGCACCGCCCCAGGCCUUGCACGAAAGUGGUGAAAUGAGGGCAGUGAGGGGCCCUGUACCAGCUCCUGCCUCAGUUUCUCUCCUAGAAUAAACUGGCAGAGACAGUGGGUGUAGUGGUGAGAUCUCUGUGACCUGAUGGGCCAGGAGCCAAUGGCCUGUGACGAUGCUGGGAUGUUUCUCAGGUUAUCUCAAGGGCCUUGGCGCUGCUUCUAGAGCCUCCUUAAAACAAGGGGAAACUGAGGCCAAAACGCAGCUCACCUGAGAUGGAUUAGGAUGUGGGCCCAGGAUUCUGUGUAUAUUUUCCUGCCUGACCAAGUUCCUGGCAGGCGGGUUGGCAGUGGUGGGGGGGUUCCCACCUCUAGAAGGGCCGGGAGAGGAACCGAGCCCCCUUCUUCACUCCUGCCUCCUCCCUCACCUGUGUUUGUCUUGCUGCUUAGCUGCGCCUUCGGAUCUGAUAAACUGAACUUGGACUGUGUUAAAGUCAGUCUGGGCUUUUGCCCCCCACAGCCCUACCGGGAGCCAGAGCCAUCGGUGGCUGAGCCCCCGUCUUGCCCCCUGGUUUUGGACAUGAGCCUUCGGGACUCCGGCUAUGGUGUGGCCCCAGGGCCCUGCGUGGUGGCCCAGCUGCCCUCCGAAGACACGAGUCGUUUGGCAGAGCGCCAGAGCAGAGACCACGGCUUUCUGCGCACCAAAAUGAAGGUGACCCUGGGGGACAGUCCCAGUGGAGACCUCUUCACCUGCCACAUCUGCCAGAAGGCCUUCACCUACCAGCGCAUGCUGAACCGCCACAUGAAGUGUCACAACGACGUCAAGAGGCACCUGUGCACCUACUGCGGGAAAGGCUUCAAUGACACGUUCGACCUGAAGAGGCACGUCCGCACCCACACUGGUGUGCGGCCCUACAAAUGCAGCCUGUGCGACAAGGCCUUCACGCAGCGCUGCUCGCUAGAGUCCCAUCUCAAGAAGAUCCACGGUGUGCAGCAGAAGUACGCGUACAAGGAGCGGCGGGCCAAGCUGUACGUGUGUGAGGAGUGCGGCUGCACGUCCGAGAGCCAGGAGGGCCACGUCCUGCACCUGAAGGAGCACCACCCCGACAGCCCGCUGCUGCGCAAGACCUCCAAGAAGGUGGCCGUAGCCCUGCAGAACACCGUCACCUCCCUGCUCCAGAGCAACCACCACCUCUGAGCGGCCCCGCCCGGCCUGGGUCGCCUGCCCGCUGCCCGGCGGUGACAGGGCCUAGAGCCCCCUGCGGCUCACAUGUCCGCUCAGGCCUGGUGCUGAGCUCUGCUCACGUUUGCCUUUUUGUCUGAGGGGCAGAGGCCACUCUGAGCCUGGACCAACGUGGGCGAGGCCCAGGGUGCCUUCCCCGUGAAGCAGCCCGCCUACAGUGAGAAGACUUCCUUCCCAGAGGACGGAUGGGGAUGCUCGGCGGCCAUGCUCCUCCGGAGCGCUGAGCAUGGGAACAGGGCCGCAGCUCCCCCCAGGGCAGCGGAGGGAAGAGCAGGGGUGGAGAGCGGCUGGGCAAAGCAAGGUGCUGAGGGAGCUGGCGCCCGUCUGCCCUGCAGUGUGCCUAAGGCUCAGGGCCAUGGGGGCCUUGGCCCUUCCCUCAGGGUGGUGCAUACACUGUGCACAGCCGUGGACGCUCCUGCACACACAGGAGGCCUUUCCACACAUCACCUCAUUUUUAGGAAACCGACAACAAGGUGCCAAGGAAGUUUUAUUUCCUUUUUUUUUUUUUUUGACACAUGUACAGAUAUUAAUAUAUUUUUGGUGCCGAUGGUGGCUAUUUUUAAGAGAGGAUGGAGCUGGCUUUGUUCCCUCUCCAUGCAGUUCUAUUUAUCCUGGACAUUUCAUACCUCCUCUGUGCCUUGGCUCUGGGGGCAGGUGGGGGGGCUGCCCUAAGCCACCCCCACCCCUGUACCUCCCGAGAUAUCUCACCAAAGACCUUCCUCCAGUCCUGCCUGGGGGCUGCCCAUCUGCUGGGGUAACGCACUGCAUUGGCUACUCCCCCUCCCCCAGGGGGCUCUGCCUCCCUCCUACAUCCUUUCAAGGCCUGCCUGGGGCUUACCAAGAACCUGUUUGCCUCCUAAAAAUGGACCUUUUGUGAACAACUCACCG